AUGGGUAAAAAAGAAAAACAAAUAAAUCCAAUGGAAGCAUAUAGAAAAGAUGUUAAAAAAAAAGAAGUUAAAAAACAUCAACAAGAUAAAUUAAAAAUUCAAGAAAAACAAUAUUUACAACAAGAUCCAAAAACUUUACAAAAUGAAUUAAGAAAAUUAGAUAAUUCUGAAAAGAAUAAAAUAAAAAAAAAACAAAUUCAAAGUGCUCUAGAUAUUUUAUUAAAAAAGAAAGAUGAGGAUCAAGAGGAGGAGGAUGAUUUUGUUGUAAAAGAAGCUGUUCAAGCUUCAAAACUAAAAGAUAAGUUAUUGGAGGAUGCCAUAAAGAAAUAUGGACCACCUGAAGAAUCAAUUUAUUAUGAUCCAAUAUUAAAUCCAUAUGGCAUUCCACCUCCAGGCGCCCCAAACAUAAGAAAAAAACCCGCAGCUGCCCAAAAUAAUAAUAUACCACCUGUAAAUAAUAAUAAUAUGCCACCACCAAUGUUUAAUAAACCUCCACCUAUGGGAUUUACCCCACCGCCACCAAUGGGAUUCGUCCCACCACCACCCCCAUAUUUAAUGAAGGGCCCACCACCAAUGGGUGUUCCCCCACCGCCACAUUUAAUGAUGAAAUUACCACCACAACCCAAUACUAAUAAUUUACCCCCACCACCUUUAGGACUUUUGCCACCUCCACCAUUGGGUUUUAUGCCACCUCCACCAAUCCCAUCAUUUUUAGUUCCAAAUCCAAAAGGUUCAACUAAUAAAAAGAAAUCAAAAAAAUCAACAAAUUUAGAAACAACAAAAACCCCAACCACAGAAACCACAACUUCAACCACAACCACAACUACAACAGAAACUAAAACAGAAAUGAAAACAUCAACAGAAACAACCACCAUAUCAAAAACCGAAAUAGAACCAACUAGCGAAGAAGUAGACGAGGGCUUUGAUGAUUUCAUGAAUGAAAUAGGUUCAAUAUAG